CUACAUAAACAGAUAAUUGUACCUCUUCUACACAACACAUUUCUAUCUGAACGUUACGAACAGGCCGCAGGAAUGCAAUGCAACACUGAUUCCAGAAGGGCUUCUACGCAACCAAUAGGCACAGMGACUAUUUGCUUUGCUCUUCCAGGCCAGUAAAAUCCAGGGUUUGAGUGAGGAGGAGAGGGAGCAUCUACUCCCCCUGCUCCGGAACGCCCAGCGGGUGGUGGUGGYAAGGGACGCCAUCUACAAAGGGUUCAUCUUCAAAGACUUCAUCCAGGUCAGAAAAGCUUGAAUAUAUUCAUAAAGCGUCRGAGAGUGCUGAUCUAGGAUCAAUUUAAUGGCCGUAGGGUAUAAAACGCAUAUUACUUGAUUGUGACAAUGAAGACUUGCACGUACAGUGUGCUACUUUAUCUCACAGGCCUUUGGCUUCAUGUCCAGGGUGGCUCUACAAGCAGAGAAGAUGGACCAUCACCCUGAGUGGUUUAAUGUGUACAACAAGGUCCAGAUCACACUCAGCACACAUGACUGCGGGGGCCUCUCCAAGAGAGACAUCACUCUGGCUACCUUCAUCGACCAAGCAUCUGUCCUCUGAGCAACUCAUGGCCUGCAGCCAUUUCAGUCUAUCAUCUCAAUGGCAGAACCAAGAGCAGAGGACACCUAUUCAUCCCGCCCCAUACGUUAAUUCAGAUGACUAACCUGGGACAGGAACAUGACAUCUCAGAAUCCCAAUGAAUGUUUGUUUAAACGGUCACGUUCAAUUCCUAAUGUAACAUUUAGCAGGUGUGGUGUUUGUUACUAGGCUGAUAUGGGAAGUGGAGCACAAGACCAUAAGCCAGUAAAAAGACCAUUCAACUAUAUACAGUAGGGUCUGAAAUUGACACUCUUAAUAGAGAUGAGCAAUAAUGACUAAA